AUGUUUUUGAGCAGGGGAUACCCAAAUGAUUUACUUGAUGUAGUGACUCAGGAAGUUGUUACUAAACGUCAAAUUGGAUUUUAUAAACCCAUAUUGAACAAGCCCAUGGUCAACCUGGCAGAUUCACAUGAUGUGCAUACUACUAUUACUAGAACAACUUUUCAACAAAACAACAUAUUCAUGAAAUCUUUUAUCACCACAUUCACUUACGAUCACAGUUUGAUAAAAGAUGUUUUGAUUCACAAUUGGAGCAUUGUUAUGGAAGACAACUUGUGUCAUAACAUGUUGCCCAACACAGUGAACGUGGUAUAUAAGAAAGGGAAAUCUUUUAAAGAAAUAUUGAAAUAUGGUUGUUAUGAUCGUAAUAAGAAAAAUAGAGGAAAAUUUGUAAAAAUAGCAGGAUCAGUUAUACUAGGAGGUUGUGUGUUUGUUGCAUAUGAACUUCUGUCUCUAAGAAGAUCCGUCACUUUAGAUACCCAAGCAGUUCAACAGGAGAAACUGAAAUCCUACAUAUAUGUGCAGAGUGUUCCAUUGAAAGAAUAUGAAUCCCAGGGUAUUACAUGGAAGAUGAGAAAGGAACUUCACAGAGCAGUAAGAAAGCUGAUUGAAAUCUCAGCAAGAGUUCUGCAGAGGCCUUAUGAUGAACGAUUCUCUGGGUUUGACUUGGAAGAUCAUGAAUGUUCACCUUGGAUACUUCUGAAGAAAACUCAAUCCCGAGACAAAGAUGUCCGUUUACAGGCUGUGCAGGAACUAGCAGGAAACCAUCACUGGCAUGAUUAUCAGUAUAGGACUGUGGCCCAAGCUUGUGACCUGAAAACUCUGGUUGGACUGGCGAGAUGUAAAGAUGUUGACCUUCGCUUUUUCCUUCCACCUCCCCCUUUGCCAAAAGUAAAUCAUAACUAUUCUACUGAAGAUGAGCUAAGACAGCUGUUGGCCUCCUUACCACAGUCGGAAGUGGAUCAGUGUGUGCAGUUCUUUACAUCACUGGCUUUAAGAGAAAGCAGUCAGUCCUUAGCAGCACAGAGGGGAGGAUUGUGGUGUUUUGGAGGAAAUGGACUCCCUUAUGCCCAAAGUUUGAGCAAUGUUCCUUUGGAGAAAGUAGAGUCCUUCUGCUUGCAAGCUUUGGUGGAACAUUCUAAGGUUCCCAGUCACUGUAAUAAAAUGGUAAAAAAUGGAAGUCUGCAGUUGUUACAGAAAAUAUACAGACUUCGCAGAGAUUCCCAAAAAAUCCAGAGAAAUAUUGUUCGAAUUAUAGGAAACUUGGCGUUGCAUGAACAUCUUCACCCAGCCAUAAUUCAGUCAGCCAACCCAUCAAAGCAGAUGUUUUGUUUGUCCAUGGACUUCUGGGAGCUGCAUUUAAAACCUGGCGUCAGCAAGACAGCGAUCAGUCAGGAAAUGAGGGAGACUCCUCAGAGGAAGAAGACUACACAGAAUGCUGGCCAAAGACAUGGCUGGCAGCAGACUCUCCUAAUCUCCGGAUAAUAUCUGUAGAGUAUGACACACACCUUAGCGACUGGAGGACCAAGUGCCCUUUGGAGAACCAAAGAAAGUCUAUGGUGUACAGAAGUCGGGAGCUUUUACAUAAACUGAAGGCUGCAGGUAUUGGUGACAGACCUUUGGUUUGGGUGGCACAUAGCAUGGGAGGUCUCCUCGUCAAGAAAAUGCUAGUAGAUGCAUGGAAAGAUCCUGAAAUGCACCCUUUGAUUAACAACACAGAGGGCAUCGUAUUUUACAGCGUACCCCAUCAUGGCUCUCACCUUGCAGAAUAUUCUAUUAAUGUUCGAUUUCUGCUUUUUCCAUCAGUGGAAGUGAAGGAGCUAAGUAAAGAUUCACCUGCUCUGAAAGAACUAAAUGAUGAUUUCCUUCAUUUGGCUAAGACAAAAGACUUCAAGCUGCUAAGUUUUACAGAAACUUUGCCUACUACCAUAGGCAGCAUGAUCAAGCUGCAUGUAGUACCAGUGGAAUCAGCAGACUUGGGUGUUGGUGACUUGAUUCCAGUCGAGGUUAACCACUUAAAUAUCUGUAAACCAAAUAAAAAAGACAGUUUCCUGUACCAGCGCACACUGGAAUUCAUCGUUGGUGCUUUAGGAAAAUCACUGAAAGACAAAUAACAUUAGUCCAUGUGUAGUCACUAAAAGUUUUAAUUUGUUUUUCCAAACAGAGUACUUCAUAAGUUGAAAAAGAUAGCUGCUUUGAUUUUUAUUAGAUCAGGUUUAAUUCAAGCACUUAAUUCAGACAUUGCACUGUGUUCUUUAAAAAAGUGAAUUAUGUAAUCAUUAUUUUAAGAAAGCACUUCACUUUGUGUUUGUGUUUACAUUACUAAUUCUUACAAAAUGUGCCAAGAAAGUUUCUUAAUGAAAAAUGUGGGGAAUAUGGCAAUAUAAAUAUAACUGGUGCCAUAAAUGCAUAUUUUGGCUCUUACUGAUUUUACUUUUUUGUAAUUAAAAUAGUUAUUUGUAUUAAUAUACAUACUAAAACAAACAUCCAAACUACUGUAAAGUAUGCAAACCAUUUUGAAUGUCUUAGAAGAAUUUCUGUACAUUUCAAGAUAUUUGAUAAUCUAUGACACUGUAUGUUAUGUUAUAUAUUGAAAAAGAAAGAUGAUGUCCUGUU